GAGCAGGUUCCUCAAACACACACAUACAGUGGCAGUUGGAGAUAUCAUAAGUGUAACACAGGCACACUUGUACAAAGCGUUGUUGCCAUGCCAAGUCUAGUCGCAUCACCACCAAGGGAGCUUCUGCACUUCAACAUGGACACUGAGAAUAAGAAGAGGAAAGAUAGAGGAAACCUGAAGUCUCGGCUGCAGUGUAGAUCAUCUCAAACUGCUAACACUGAAGGGCUUUGUUUUGAAGAGAUGUCCCAGUGGUCACACUCACUAGAGAGACUCCUAUCAUCCAAAUAUGGCAUGAAGAUCUUCCAGGCCUUCUUAAAGUCAGAGUUCAGUGAUGAAAAUAUUGACUUUUGGAUGGUUUGUGAGGACUAUAAGAAGAUCAGGUCUUCCUUCAGGAUGUCCUCCAGGGCCAAAAAGAUCUUCAAACGCUACAUUCAGGCUGAGGCUCCGAGAGAGAUCAACAUUGAUCACAAGACCAGGGAGCUGAUCAGGCGGAACAUUAAGGCUCCCACUGCAGAGUGCUUCAACGAUGCCCAGAGGAUUGUCUACGGGCUAAUGGAGAGGGACUCUUAUCCACGUUUCCUCAGGUCUGACAUCUAUCGGACUCUAAUGGACUCUACAUCGCAAUCAGUGAAGAUGUAAAGAAAACAGACACUGGGGACAUUAUAUUAGUAGAAGCUGGACUGUAAAGCUAAGCCCACUGCUGGACUACCUGAGAGAGGCUGUGGGGUGUGUUUGCCUGUCCUGGGACCACUGCUGGUGAUUCUAACCAAAGGCACCCAAAACAUAUAAUUUUCAACAUAUUCAUGGCUUCCUUUUCAGUUGGAGAAGUCCCGUUUUGGGGUUGCACCUGUUGUGAUAGCUCCUGUAAAGCAAAGGACUUCCCAGAGAUUAAGUGAUUAUGCAGUGAAAAUGCUGGGGACUUUCUGCGAGAGACGCCAGGAAGUGUCUGUGGUGCACACAACGUCUUCCGCCCAAGAUUCAAGUGCAUGAGCUAGUAUCUACAUUUGCACACCAUCUUAAAUUCAGUCAUCUCACUAAAGCAAUAGCUAAGUAGAUGACAUCUAGAUGUGGAUUUUGUUUGUUUGUUUUUUACAUUCUGACAUCAGUGCUGUAACACUGAAAUAGCUGAUAUGUUCAGAUGUCAUAAUCUGUUAUGAGAUGUAUGCGGAAUAUAUGUGCCAUAGUGUGCGAAACCUCUGUGAAUGUGAAUAUUAAGAUGGAUUUGUACAUAUUUAAUAAAAUUUAUAUAUUUGAAUUGAAA